AUGACGAGAUUGACGGUCGACAACAUCAACCCGCACGUGCGCGCGGCCAAGUACGCCGUUCGCGGUGAGCUGGCCGUCAAGUCGGAGGAGUUCAAGGCCCUUGUCGCAAAGGGCGAGGCCCAGAGCCUCCCCUUUGACGAUGUGAUCAACGCCAACAUUGGCAAUCCCCAGCAGCUGGAUCAGAAGCCCAUUACCUUCUUCCGCCAGGUGGCCAGUAUCCUAGAGAACCCCCAGCUGCUCGAGAAGGAGGAGGUCCUCCUCAACGGGCUGGGCUACAAGUCCGAUGUCGUCGACAGGGCCAAGUGGUUGCUGAAGCACGUCGGCUCCGUGGGCGCCUACAGCGCGAGCAAUGGUGUCCCCGCGAUCAAGGAGAGCAUUGCCAAGUUCCUCGAGAGGCGCGACGGCUUUCCCGCCAACCCGGCCAACAUCUACCUGUCGGCCGGUGCUUCGUCUGGUGUCAACACCCUCCUACACACCAUCUGCGCCUCCCCCAACACCGGUAUCCUGGUCCCCAUUCCCCAGUACCCUCUCUACACGGCGACGCUCUCUGUCCUCGAUGCCACCUGCGUGCCGUACUACCUCGACGAGGCCAAGAACUGGGGCACCGACAUCAACGCGGUUCGCUCCGCCUACGAGAAGGCCAAGGCGGACGGGACUGACGUCCGCGCCAUUGUCAUCAUCAACCCCGGCAACCCCACAGGAGCCUCCCUUCCCGAGGAGGAUAUCCGCCAGAUCCUCGACUUCGCCGCCAAGGAGAACCUGGUCGUGAUGGCUGACGAGGUGUACCAGACCAACGUCUUUGUGGGCAAGUUCCACAGCUUCAAAGCUGUGCUGCGCAGGAUGCAGCAGGAGAAGCCGGGCCAAUACGACGGCGUCGAGCUCGCCUCGCUCCACUCCAUCUCCAAGGGCAUGGUCGGCGAGUGCGGCCACCGCGGCGGCUACUUUGAGCUCUGCGGUUUCGACCCCGAGGUCGAGGCCAACAUCUACAAGUUCGUCUCCAUCAUGCUCUGCGCCCCCGUCAUCGGCCAGUGCUUUGUCGAGAUGAUGGUCAACCCGCCCCGCCAAGGCGACCCCUCGUUCGAGCUGUACGACAAGGAGCACAGCGGCAUCUUUGAGGGGCUGCGCCAGCGCGCCAACGCCCUGCACAAGGCCUUCUCCGAGAUGGAAGGCGUCGAGUGCGGCGAGCCCCAGGGGUCCAUGUACCUCUUCCCCACCAUCAACGUCCCGCCCAAGGCUGGCGAGGCCGCCGCGGCCGAGGGUCGAUCACCCGAUGAGUUCUACUGCAUGCGCCUGCUAGAGGCGACGGGUAUCUGCGUCGUGCCCGGCUCGGGCUUUGGUCAGAAGGAUGGGUCGCUGCACUUCAGAACAACUUUCCUGGCACCCGGGACAGAGUGGACCGGCAGGAUCGUCAAGUUCCACGAUGAGUUCAUGGACAAGUACCGGUAG